GAUAAAGGGGCGUUUGAGCGGUGCGGCGAGGACGCGCAUGCGCAGACGGGUUCUCGGGCCACCGGAGUCGUGCGAGGAUGAAGCUCUUGACGCACAACAUGCUGACUUCGCACGUGCGGGGCGUCCGGCCCGGCGGCGGGUUCCCACUCCGGAUCCAGGCUACAGAGGUGAAGGUGAACAAUGUGGAUUUCAAUCCGGAGUUCACGGCCCGGAUGGUGCCCAAAGUGGAGUGGGGAGCUUUGGUAGAAGCUGCCGAGAGCUUGGGCCAUCGGUCAGACCUGCCUGCUGAGCCCAUCCCUGACUACGAGAGCAAUGAGGAUUUUCUCCGGAAAGUACAUCAUGUGUUGAUGGAGGUGGAGGUGGUCGAAGGCGUAUUGAAAUGCCCGGACACGGGGCGCGAGUUUCCCAUCACAAAGGGAAUCCCCAAUAUGUUGCUGAGUGAAGAAGAGACAUGAAUAAUAAUAAUAUCGAUUCCUUCGGGGACCUGGUGUUUGAAAGAACCCUUGGGGUUAGUUUUGUUCCUUUGUGUGUGUAUAAAUAAAUGCAAGUGCUCAUUUAACUCUG